AUGAGCCAGCAGGAUGCGGUCGCCGCACUUUCAGAACGCCUGCUCAUAGCUGCGUACAAAGGCCAGACGGAGAAUGUGGUUCAGCUCAUCAACAAGGGUGCCAAGGUAGCAGUUACCAAGCAUGGCCGGACGCCCCUGCAUCUUGCUGCCAAUAAGGGCCAUCUUUCUGUGGUCCAGAUCUUGCUGAAGGCUGGCUGUGACCUCGAUGUCCAGGAUGAUGGGGACCAGACCGCCUUGCACCGGGCCACGGUGGUGGGGAACACCGAGGUCAUUGCGGCGCUCAUCCAGGAGGGCUGUGCUCUGGACCGACAGGACAAGGACGGGAACACGGCCCUACAUGAAGCAUCCUGGCACGGUUUCAGCCAGUCGGCCAAGCUGCUCGUUAAAGCUGGAGCCAACGUGCUUGCCAAGAACAAGGCGGGGAACACGGCUCUGCACCUGGCCUGCCAGAACAGCCAUGCCCAGAGCACCCGCGUCCUUCUGCUGGGUGGCUCCCGCGCCGACCUCAAAAAUAACGCAGGCGACACCUGUUUGCACGUUGCCGCACGCUAUAAUCACUUGUCCAUCAUUAAGCUCCUCCUCAGUGCUUUCUGUUCUGUCCAUGAAAAGAACCAGGCUGGAGACACGGCACUUCAUAUUGCCGCUGCCCUAAAUCACAAGAAGGUGGUUAAAAUCUUGCUGGAAGCUGGAGCAGAUGGGACCAUCGUCAACAAUGCAGGCCGGACUCCGCUGGAGACUGCCCGCUACCACAAUAAUCCGGAAGUUGCUCUCCUCCUCACUAAAGCGCCCCAGGUCUUGCGCUUCAGUCGUGGGCGAAGCCUGAGGAAAAAGAGAGAGAGGCUCAAGGAAGAGAGGAGAGCUCAGUCUGUGCCGAGAGAUGAGGUGGCACAAAGCAAGGGAAGUGUCUCGGCAGGAGACACCCAUAGCAGUGAACAGGCUGCACCCAGGAAAGAAGAGACCAGAGAAGAUGUCCUGUCUGCCUCCCCGGAGCCCAGAGCAAAGGACAGCAGACAGAGAAAGUCAAGACCCAAGGUGUCAGCGUUUUCUGACCCCACCCCUCCAGCAGACCAGCAGCCCGGACAGCAGAAGAACGUGCACGCUCACAAUCACCCGAAAAAGAGGCCCCGGCAUCGCUGCUCGCCCCCGCCCCCUCCGCAUGAGUUCAGAGCAUACCAGCUCUACACGCUGUACCGGGGCAAGGACGGCAAAGUGAUGCAGGCGCCAAUAAAUGGCUGUCGGUGUGAACCCCUGAUCAGUAAGCUGGAGAAUCAGCUGGAAGCAACUGUGGAGGAGAUCAAAGCAGAGCUCGUGUCAGUUCAGGAUAAGAUGAACGUGAAGCUGGGGCACAUGGAGAAUAAGACCCAGCACCAAAUGCGGGUUCUGGACAAGCUGAUGGUGGAGCGGCUCUCAGCAGAGAGGACGGAGUGCCUGAACCGCCUGCAGCAGCACUCAGACUCGGAGAAGCACGAGGGAGAGAAGCGGCAGAUGUCCUUGGUGGAUGAAUUAAAAACCUGGUGCAUGUUAAAGAUUCAGAAUCUGGAGCUGAAGCUUUCUGGAGAGUCUAGGGCCUCCAGGACUAAAUCCACACCGUCCACUUGCGAGUCCUCCACAGGUGUGGAUCAGUCAGUGGUGACUGCAGGCCCAGUAGCAGCCUCGGACAGUUCCCCCCAGGUGGUCAGGCCCAAGGAAAAGGCCCUCAGCUCCACCGCCACCCACAGACUCCAGCAGCAGGAGCUGUCUUCCUCGGACUGUAUGGGCUCCCGACUGAGGAACGUCAAGGUCCAGACAGCUUCGCUCCCCUUGAAAGAGGCAGCCAGAUGCGAUCCACAGGCUGGGCCUUGUGUUGACAGAGGCACCCAGACCAAAAAGUCUGGGAAAAGUGGGCAGACGAGGCACCGAGGCCAGCAGCCAGCAGUCAGCACUGCCGGCGGGCAGCCACCGCCUCCAGCAGCAGGCGGCGAGCAGACUGCCCCUCACGUUCGAGACACCUCCCAAGCACUGGAGCUCACCCAGUAUUUCUUUGAGGCUGUUUCCACCCAGAUGGAAAAGUGGUAUGAAAGAAAAAUUGAAGAAGCACGAAGCCAAGCCAGUCAGAAAGCCCAGCAAGACAAGGCCACACUGGAGGAACACAUUAAAAGUUUAGAGGAGGAACUUGCUAAACUAAGGACUAAGGUACAGAAGGAAAACUAG